CCGUAUCUCUCCCUCUCCCGCCUGGACAAGCCAAUAGGCUCAUUCCUCCUCUUCUGGCCCUGUGCAUGGUCUCUCACACUCGCAGCACAACAUACAGCCUUACCACUCCCCUCACUAGCCUACAAUCUAGCCCUCUUCGCAACAGGAGCAUUCGUCAUGCGCGGCGCCGGGUGCACCAUAAACGAUAUGUGGGAUUCAAGACUCGACGCCCAAGUCGAACGAACAAAGACACGGCCGCUAGCGGCAAAGCAGAUCACGAUGCUUCAAGCCUGGAGCUUCCUAGGACUGCAGCUCAGCGCCGGCCUUGGCGUCCUCCUCCAGCUCAACAAUUACUCCAUUCUCCUAGGCGCCUCCUCACUCAGCCUCGUAAUCGUCUACCCGCUCAUGAAGCGCAUAACCCAUUGGCCGCAGCUCGUGCUCGGUCUUGCAUUCAACUGGGGAGCACUCCUGGGAUGGGCAGCCCUCUCACCUCCGCCUGUGUGGGAGGCCGUCCUGCCCCUCUAUGCGGGCGCGGUCUGCUGGACGAUUGUGUAUGACUCGGUGUAUGCGCAUCAGGACAAGGUGGACGAUAUAGUGGCAGGUGUGAAAAGCACUGCACUACUGUUCGCCGAGAAGACGCGACCGAUCCUUACGGGCUUCUCGGUAGGAUUUCUUGCAUUGGCCACAAAAGGACACCCUUGCUUCCUCGCCUCCCUCGUCCCCGUGGCUGCUCACCUCGCGUGGCAGAUUGGUACGACAGAUCUAGACAAUCGAGCCGAUUGCUGGAAGAAGUUUGUGAGCAAUGCGUGGUUGGGAGCUAUGGUCUGGGCAGGCUUGAUGGGAGAUUACUUGAUU